GUCAAUGAGUCGAGGCCCAUUCGUUAUCUCUUUUAAUUGAUACGCAAGUAAUCUGCGUAAUCGUCGACUCUAAGUGUUCGUGUCGAGUGCUAGAAGAGUUGCAUCGGUCUCCGAAUUGGCCCACGGAUAGCUGAGCGUGAACGAGAACCAAACAGGCGUUCGAUUUCCGAUUGCUUUUCGUUCUUUUUUUCAAACAGUCGCUUAUUCGCUUUCGUCUGGAAUUUGAAGCGAUAAUGGCUUAUACUGAUGAUUCAGUGAAGGCGAAGCUCUCUGCUCUCAAUGAGACUCAGGAGGGCAUCGUGACUGUCGCGCAAUGGGUCAUGUUUCACAGGCGCCAUGCUGAGCGCACUGCACAAUUAUGGCUUCAGAAACUCCGCGAUUCCCCAGCCGCAAAGCGCCUUAACCUGAUAUACCUCGCAAACGAGGUUGCGCAGCAGUCGAGAGCACGGCGCAAAGAGGACUUCCUUAUUGCCUUUUCACCUAUCAUUGCCGAAGCGGUGGCAAUUGCGUACAAAGGUGCAUCCAACGAUAUUCAGCAGAAGCUCAGACGUGUGGUAGAAGUCUGGAGGCAACGAAAUAUCUUCGAGCCUCCAAUUCAGGAUGCCGUCGAGGCUCGAGUGGAUGAAAUCGAUAAAUCGCGUUCCACGGGCAAGAAACCGUUGCUUGGCGGUUCGUUAUUUUCGGGACCAUCGGGUUCAACGCCGUCAGAGUUGCAACCAAUAGUUCCGCUCCAGGUAGCCCUAUCCAAGGCGGCGGUUGCGUCUGGCACAUCUGGUACGACUGCCAAUGUGGAGUACGAGAAGUUGAACGACCCAAAUACCCCGUUGCCUACACCUCCCGUGCAUGCAGCUCGUCUAAGUUCACUCCUAAAAACGCUGGCGAAUGCGGAAAGCUCUGUGUCAGAGGUCAUCAAGUCACGCCGUGCGCUUAUUGAUGGGUUGGAGAAAAUUCUUGAGACCAAUCGUACCGCUUUAUCGCAGGAGGAGGCUCUGGCUGUGCAAUUGCAGGAAAGGAGGGCAGAGACUGAAGCGAAGAAACGAGAAGUAGAGGAUGCGAUUAUGCGAGGGCUUUCUGCAGAGAAUACCCCAGCAGCGGAUUCCGGGAGUGCUACGGGGAGCGGCGAAGCCGUUCCUCGUCCAGCGAUCGAAGGACUUACGCCUCCUCCAGUUGAAGCGAUUACGCCAAUCGGAUCUCCGAGCCAACAACCACAAGACACAACCUCGAGCGCAGAGAACGGAGCUCAAACCCUUGGGGGAUUCUCUUUGGGGGUUGACCAACCACCUGUAGCUCCCAUCCCCGGGCUCAGCGGGAUGGGUCAGCCUUCUUAUGGUGAACUCCAGCAGGAAAGCAUGAACGGAUUUCAAGCUAAGAAGAGAAAAGUGACUCACAGUGAAGAGGACUAUGCCAAGUUCGCAGGUGGUGAUCUGGAUGCGGAUGUAGCGGAGCUACUGAACCAGGAGGGCCACUCUCAGAGUUGAGCUAUCUCAGUGUUCGUCUCUUACAACGCAUUUUUGGCAGGGGGACAGGCCCCUCAUCAAUAUCAUAUUCAGGUCAAGCGCCGCUUUAUGGAACCCUGUAAUUCCUUCUCUGCUUGCCUUAUCACAGCGUCGUCUCUCGAACUUGAUAUCAUUAUGAUUUUUGAUUCGAGCUUAGCUUUUAGCAUAUGCUGAUAUCGUGAAAUUAACUGAAGCUACGGGG